AUGCUUGAUAUGACGCGCUCGCGACACUCCGGGGCUGAUCGGUUCGGCAAGCGGCAGAACGCGCCAGCGCUUACUAGCUUCUUCCUUUCGGAUAGCUCGCCCAUGUUCCACUACUCUGGCAUAAACCCAUCCGCAUGGAACACAGGCUACGCGCUUCAAAGCGACGGGUGGGACUCGACCGUGCACCUUGCCUCUCAGAGCGGUGCAGCCAUCACCUUUGAUAUCACCGCGACAUCCCUCACCCUCCUCAUUCCUUCCUUUGCAAACUGCACUUCCACCCUCUCGCUGAACGGCUCCGCCCCCGUCCCCGCCUGCCCCACCUCCGCCAGCGGCAUCACCCUCCAGAACCUCCCGCGCGGGAUCCAUCAGCUCCAAUAUACCUUCAACGCGCUGCAGACGGGGCAAGAGGUCUCGUUUUGGGGUGUGGACGGUACGAGGCCGUAUGACGGUCCGAGCUGGGGAAAUGUGACUAUUGAUAGUGCGCGAAAGGGAGGACCGGGGGCGGAGCUCAAGUAUGUGGGGGAUUGGACGAUGGAGGAAGGGGUAUCGGGCGCGGGGAAUAGGACGUUGGCGGGUACGGGCGGUAAAGGCUCGGCGGUCGAGUUUACGGGGAAAGGAUCAGCAAUCUAUCUGUAUGGGAACACAGGACCAGGGUAUAGCUCCGCUUCGAUCUCGCUGGACGACGCGAUAGUGGACUUAUCGCUCAAUUUCUCGGCAACUUGGUCAUCUACAUAUCAACUCCUAUGGUUCCGUACUGGGCUCGAUCCCUCCCGCGAGUCCAAGGUGGUCAUGACCAAUCUCGAGGACAAGCGGAUGGCGCUGGACUUUGUGGUGCUCACACCGAGUCAGGAUGAAAUUGCUUUACUAAGCAACACCGCCCAACCCUUCCUCUCCACGCUCGCAGGCAAGAUCGUCACUUUCGCCGUCAUCCCCUUUCUCGCCCUCAUCCUCCUCGGCCUCGCAAUCUUCUUCCUCGUCCGCCGUCGGCGUCGAAGCACAUGUCGGCGCGCCUCGGCUGGCUCAACCUCCACCCACAAAGCUCUGCGGCACCACGAGUCUAUGCAGAGCUUCCCGGCCUCGCACCUGGACUAUGGGCGCGAUGCCCUUUCCGCCCAUUCCGGGAUGGCCGAGAAGGACUAUUAUGCGCCCGAACCGCCCGGGUCGCGAUACAGCCUCCAGCCUCCGCUCAGUGCUCGGUCGAUGGGGGAGGACGGGAUGGUGACGUACGAAGAAGGGUUGAAGCGGCUCAGCGCUACCGAGCGGGACAGGAAUCGGCGGAGCGCCUUGACGUCCUAUCCCCACUCGGCGCUGUCCGGGCAGGACGGCUCAGACGCGCUAUACAGCGCCGGUCUGACGUUGGGUCUCCCCUCCGCCGCGUACUCGCCAUUUGGCUUUGCCGUCGAUAAGACCGCGUCGCGACCAGGGAGCGACGCGCCCAGUCCUAGACGAGGAUCGGCGCAAUCGAGCUUCCUCAAGCCGUUUCACUUCCUCCUUGGCCAACCCAGUCCCUCGCCCGUCUCCCCUACGCUGGGAUCGAUUCCAGACGAGAAGGAGGGAGAUAUCGGCAUGAGCGUCACCUCACCCUUCUCCGUCGGCAGUCCCACCUCCGUCAGCGCGGCGGAGCUAGCCUACUGGAGCAAGGCGACCGCCACCCGGGCAAACAUCCAAAGUACGACCAGCCACUAUCCCUCCGAUCCGGGCUUCUCCCCGCUCUUCUCCUCCUCUUUACCCCUGUCCGACAGGGAUCGGUCCGAAGGCGAUGCCCACCCGUUUGCGCGCUUCAGACCAUCGGACGGGCCCUCCGGUCGGACUUCCAUCUCCUUCUCGGACGUCCUGUCCGUCGUGGCCGCCCCGCCGUCCGUGCGGGAUCUGGAAUAUGGGGAUAUGCAGUCGGUGCAUACGGGUCGAUCUGCGCCUACAGACCAUAUUUUCCGUCCGGAACCGGACGCCCCUGCUGUCCCUGCCGCAGUCUACGGCGCCGGCGCUGACAUACCCGGGAAGAGCGGAACCCAGCCCUUGCGUCUCGGUAGUCGACCCCCUCCCAGCGCUUUCCCUGCCGAGAUGCCGCGCGCCAUCUCUACCCGACGCAAGCCCUCCCCUGCCCUCGCGCCUCCGGGUCUAUCCCCCAUCACCGCCAGCCCCUUGUUUCAGUAUGAUGCCACCACGCCCUCCCCUGCCCGACCUGAAUCCGCUACGCACCCCUCUCCUCUGCCAUCCCCCUCUGAAUCCGUCCGGCUCCAACAGCAGUACACAUCCUAUACGGAAGGCGUACGGAGCAGGUAUCUGUCGGACACGAGCCACAGCUCGGCGUAUACGGCAGCGAGCGCUGCGAGGCCGGAUUCGGAGGUCAUACCGUUUGAAGAGUUUGUGGCGGGAUUGAAGGACGGGCAUAGGCGAGCACAGGAGGAUAGGGAGAAGGAGAGGAUGCAGAGUGGGGCGCCGGGGCCGUCCAGUCCGAGAGGCGAAGGGGCGCGAGGUGGUCGUGUGUGA